AUGUCCACUGUAUCGUCGUUGCUAAGACACUUAGGUAAUUGGAACAAUGAAAAUUGUUAUGUGAAUUUCAAAAUCGAUGCGGUGGCUUUCACAGAGUAUUCGACAUAUAUAGAUUUAUUACAAGAAGUUGCAACUCAGCUGAAUAUAAACAUGCAACUGAAAAACAUAUACAUCAAAUAUAUCGUUGAAGGUAACGAUACGCCAAUGGAAAUACAUAAUGAUAUGAGUGUUAGCGUGUAUGUGGAAUUGAAGAAAGAGAACAAACAGUUAGUGAUGUAUCCAUUGUGCAUAACUACAACUAAUAAAAACGUUGAUAAUUGUGUAUCUGGCGAAAGUUGUAUUGAAGGAGGGGUUUUGCGAAUUGGUUACACAAAACAAACAAAUACUAUGGAAAUAGUAGGGAGUGCAGACUUAGCUUCUUCAAGUUGUGGCAAUGUCGUUGUUGUAUUCGAAAACGACACAAAUCUGGUUAUAUCAGAUAAGAACCAAAAAGUGGUUGUAGUUGAUCAAGUUUACAAGGACAAAGAUACACUAAAGGCUGUUAUGGCGAAUUAUGCAAUUUCCAAUAGGUUCAAUUUUCGUGCCGAGAGGUCUAAUGCGAUAAGCUAUACACUAGUAUGUGUGUCCGAAGAGUGUGAUUGGAAAUUUAGGGCAUCGAGCAUUGGUAAAUCAGAAAUGUUCAGGGUUAGGGAGUUUCGUGACAAGCAUACAUGUCCGCUAAAAGAUAAGGUGUAUUCACAACGCCAUGCGACGAGUUGGUUGAUAGGUGCAAUUGUAAAGCCAAAAGUAGCCAACCAUAAGAGGAAAUACACACCUAAUGAUAUAACGGAGGAUGUAAGAAACGAUCUUGGAAUGGAUGUGUCCUAUAUGGUCGCUUGGCGGGCUAAGGAAAAAGCGAUGAAGGAUUUAAUGGGUGAACCGUCGGAUUCUUACCAAAAAUUGCUUGGGUACCUAUACAUCAGGGAUAAAACGUAUCCGGGUUCACAUAUAAGAAUGCGAAAAUCAGACGAAAAUGAGUUUUUGUAUCUGUUUAUAGCAUUGUAUGCAUUCAUCAAAGGGUUUGAUUGUUGUAGGCCAAUUGUUGUAGUUGACGGAAGCCACCUCAAAACAGCAUACAACGGAACGUUCGUUUCAGCAAACAUGUUAGACGGUGCAUGUAAUAUACUUCCUUUAGCAUAUGGUGUGAUAGAUUCAGAAAAUGACAGGUCUUGGACGUGGUUCUUUGAGCGAUUCAGGGAAGCGUAUGGUGUAAGAGAGAACAUGUGUAUUGUUUCCGAUAGGCAUGAAAGCAUAAACAAAGCUGUUUCUAGAAUAUAUCUGAAUGUGCCGCAUUAUGCAUGCAUAUGGCAUCUUUGGGGUAACGUAUGUAAGAAGUAUAAGAAGAGCCAUGAUGUGUUGAGUCCUGUGUUUUAUGCAAUGGAAAAAGCGUACACGCAGGAAGAUUUUGACGAGCUUAUGGGGAAGGUUGAGAAGGCAGAUUUUCGGGUGGCAGAGUAUUUGGAAUUGGCUGGAAGAGAAAAGUGGGCUAGAGUGUAUGCAACUGUUAACCGAUGGUGGACAAUGACUUCAAACAUGGCAGAGUGUAUUAAUCGUCACCUUGUAGCAGCAAGAGAGCUUCCUAUAUUUGAUUUUCUAGAAGAAGUGAGGAAGAUGUUUGGAAGACGGAAUUAUAAUAACCGGAAAAAUGGUACAUACACGUUCACAACACUCGGUAAAAAGUUCCAGGAGAUGUUAUCAAUAAAUGAGUAUCUAUGUUUGCGUAUGAAGAUGUUUCAAAUAGACGAAAUUCCAUGCCCACAUGCAUGGGCUGUCAUUAAGAAGAAAAAUCUAAUGGCUGAUGAUUACUGUUCCGAAUUGUUCAAACUGCACACCGUGGUGAAGACGUAUGAUGUCGCCGUGGAUCCUCUCCCUGACGAGCGGGAAUGGAAGGUUCCAACAUACAUAUCAGAGGAUGUGGUUUUGCCACCAAUAUACAAGAGACAUCCUGGUAGGGCGAAGAAUAAGCGUGAUAAGCCGUUAUUUGAAUUUCUUCUUGGAAAAAAGAGACAUGCUUGCAGUACUUGUGGACAGACUGGACACAAUAGACGAUCUUGUAGUAAUGCUCCUAGAAGGAAGUAA